UUGUCGGCGCGGAAGUGCGCCCGAGCCAAAGCGAUGGACUACUCAAACGGCGGCUACUAUGGCGGCCAACAAGCCGCCCAUGAUCCAUACUAUAGCGGCAGAGGCGGCUAUGCAGAUAGCCAAGCAUACGCUUCCGACAGCUAUUCCUAUUCUGCUGCCCGGCCAAUGGCCAACGAUUCAUAUGAUCAGUUUGGGGGCACCGGGAGGGGAGGCUACUCGGCCGGCGCGAGUGCAUUUGCCGGCGAGCGCAUCUACCAGAACAGAGGGUCAGACAGUCUCAGACCGCCCGAGCACUGCGCUUUCCUCGUCUCACCUAGCUACUUUCGAGAUUAUAUGAAAGCUUUCUUUCCUGAGGUGUACGAUGACGAGCCACGGCUGAACGCAAGCUACGCAAAGUAUCGCCUACAGUUUCUCAAAGCGGAAGCUGAAAAGUUCAUCGACACCCACGGCAAGGAUGCCUGGUUCCAAGAUGCAUAUGGCGUCACUGCGCUGCCUCAUCUACUCGCGCCUAACGCUGCACUCGAGCCUAUACCCGAUAUACCACCGCUCUCUGCAGAAGACGAAGAGAUCAGGGCGAAAGAACGCACGAGACUGAUUGACUUUCAUCGAGCCGCUCUGCAAUCCUUCUUGACCAAAGCAGAGGCCGGCGCAUACAAUGAUGUCAGUCAUGAUUUGCCGGAAUUACCUCAGGAACCUCUGCCCGAGAGACCGAACGACAAGGCUACUCUGGCAGAAAAUACGACAGAGACAGCAUCAGAAGCGCCGCAAAGUAAGGGCAUCAACGGCGAUACCGCAGCGGGAGAUAGCACUUUGGCUGAUGCCUCAGCCGAAGCGAACGGGGACUCGACAAUGGCGGACGCGAAGUCUGCAGAAGCAGGCCCAGCAGAAGCAGCGCCAGCUAUAGCUGCCACGACAGAAGCCAAAGAGUCUUCCAUACCUGUUGAAACCGAGGCGCAGAAGGCUGCGAUACAAUCGAAAGACAGACUCGACGCUGCCACCCUAAUGACACUGAAGCCGAAUUACCUGUAUAUCAACGCAAUCCCUCGCAAUCUCAAGAGACGAUCCCUCGAAAAACAUUGUGCGCAGAUUGCAGGCUUUGACUCGCUUGUCAUCAGUCCGGCAAAUGGCCGAGUCUUUACGCGUGUUGGCUGGGUGAUUUUCAAGCCAGACGCAGAUAUGACGGCGGCUUACAAGCUUCUCGCUGGCUCAAAGAUUGACGAUGUCUCCCUGCACGUAGAGAACAGUGUCGAAUAUCGCGCAAAGAUCAGACUCGCUUACUCGAUCCUCAACCGACCAGAACGGAUACGGCAUGACUGCGAUCAAGCGAAAUUAAUUAUCGAUCGCUUCGAAGCUGCUCUCAAGGACACGCGUGGCUCAGAAAUGAUCAAGGCGAAAGUGACUGCGGCUGCGACGACAGAGUCAAGCUCGUCGAAAUUUGAGCUCGAUCUCAUGCUUGUUUACCUUCGCACCGUCUUCUUCACGUGCUAUUACAGCGCAACGAUUGGCUCCACGUACGAAGAUCUGAUGAGGCGUAGCGGGUUGGUUCUCCGACGGCCGCCGGGUUCUCAAGACGAGCAGGAAGACCAGUAUGACAUCCGUGGCAGACGUGUGCAGGAUCAGAUGACCACUUUCGCAAAUGACUUGGACGAGAAAAUGGACAAGCUACUCAACGGCAAUCAAGUCGACGCUGUCCGAUUUGGCGGCGAUAGCUUUGUCAAUCGCGUCGAGGCAGCUCUAGGACCCAACGUGAUCGCAGAAGCAGACGACAAACAUCGCUGCAGGAUAUGUCAGAAGCUCUUCAAAGGUCUCAGCUUUGUCGAGAAACACAUCGCCAACAAGCAUCAAGAGGAGUUACCGAGCAGAUCUCAAGAGGGCGAGAUCCACAUGCUCAAUCGCUACAUUCUCGAUCCACAGAGAGCGAACGAUGGCUUCAAGGCGAGCGACGUACGACACGAACAGACGGCAUGGUUCGACGAACUCAAGAAGAUGCGUCCGGAGAACAAGAAACGAGCGAGCGAGACGAUGUCGCUUGCCGAACGACUCGACGCACCUCUCGGCGCGGGACGAAAUGGCAAACGGCGCGCAGACGAUAUGCAAAGUUCUACUAAGCGCCAAAGAUCGGGUGCUGCCGCACCUCUACCUCCGCCACAGGGCGCAUCACUCGAUCCGCGCGCCACCAAGCGCACACGGGCGUACCAUGAUUACGACGAUGUUGCGAGUGGAGGUGUGGACAUUGAUCUGCCCUAUUAGCCUUCCAUGCAUCAUAGGAACUGUCCAUCGCGA